GCUCGUCGCAUGCCGGUCUCCCAGUUUCCGGCGGCAUUCGAAAAAAACAUGGCCGGCUUGAGGCAAACGCCGCUCACUUGUUCGGGUCACACCCGCCCCGUGGUGGACCUGUGUUUCUCACAGUUGUCUCCGACGGGAGCCUACUACCUGAUCUCAGCAUGCAAAGAUGGCAAGCCGAUGCUCAGACAGGGAGAUACAGGAGACUGGAUUGGGACAUUCGUCGGGCACAAAGGUGCCGUCUGGGGGGUCGCUCUCAACAAGGACGCGUCCAGGGCGGCCACAGGAGCUGCCGACUUCACCGCCAAGCUGUGGAAUGCAGUGGCAGGGGAGGAGCUCCAUACGUUUGCUCACCCCCACAUAGUGCGUUCCGUGGACUUUGACUCUGAUGGCACCAGGCUGCUGACGGGAAGCAAUGACAAGUCGCUCCGUAUCUUCGACAUCAACAAGACGGACUCUGAUCCAACUGUGAUGAAAGGACACACAUCAGCCAUCAAAAAAGUGCUGUUCCUUCAAGAUGAAAAGCGUGUCGUGUCUGCAUCAGAUGACAAGACAGUCAGGUUCUGGGAUUGCGUGAGCGGGACAGAGGUGGGCAAACUGGAAUUGCCCAGUGCCCCGAGCGACCUCGAGCUCACCCCUGAUGGCAGUAUGCUGCUGGUCACCCAUGGCCACAUGGUGAGCACAUGGAGCACUGAAACGCUCGAAAAAAUGAAGGAGUUCCAGAUUCCGAGCCAGGUCAACUCGGCAUCCCUGCUGCCCGACAAGUCGGUCUUCGUCUGCGGCGGCGAGGACUUCAAGAUGUACAAGUUUGAGUACGAAACUGGAGCGGAGCUCGAUUCAUUCAAGGGACACUUUGGACCUGUGCACUGUGUGCGCUUCUCCCCUGAUGGCGAACUGUACGCAAGUGGAAGCGAAGACGGCACGCUCAGGCUUUGGCAGACGACAUUGGCAAGACGUACUGGCCUCUGGAAGUACGUACAGCCGACUGAGGGCCCCGCCGGUGAGGGCGUGGCCAACAACAAUAACAACGACAUUCCCACACCCCCCGACGCCACCGCAGCCACGCCGCCGCCAACUGCCAACAGUGCCUGUCAAAGCAGAGGCGUGAUGUCCCUCCAAAAGGCUAGCGCAGGCAGUAAUCGGAAACUGAGCAACUGGAAAGCUUUUGAGGGGUAGUCUUGGAUUAAGUAGGAACAGAAAAAAGUGCAGGCAGCGCUGUGCGUAAAGCCUACUACAGCAUGGCUGAAGGCUAGCCUAAACCGAGGUCGGCCCACAGCCAAGAGUUUCAGAAGUGUGGUUGCUACAUGUGUAGGCGGAUUGUUCUUCUUCUUUUGCCUUUUUUUUUCUAUCAUGCUUGAAAAGGUGUGCAUAGCCGUGGAGAGGCGGCAAGUCCUCCAAUUCAUGUAUUUUUUUGUUCCGUCAUCCGCGUUAUGCGCAGAUAUUAUGUCGGUGUCUACGAGGUGAGGCUGCCAUCUUUACCAAGCUCAGAAGUACGGGCAUUUCAUAUUUUCCCUCGUCUCUUGUUUCGUAACAUUGAAACCCAUUUGCCAAAAGUCUCAAGGCAGCCAGAAGUACUUUGGAGUUCACUGCAGUAGCACGCACAAUGCUCAUGCCUUAGUUUUGUUUUUUGUCUGUUUCAGAUUAUGUCUUGAUAGUAACUUGUGUUGUGAGUGUGUUAAUAGCUUUACCAUGCCAAAAGCUUAGGGCAUACUUCACUUUUUUUGCAAGCAAAGCUUUCGUUAGGCUUAGAAUUGUGCCCUCUUUGUUGUAUAAUCAUAAAACAGGUUUGCUUUGCUAAAGGUUGGGUAAGUUUUGUACCUUGUUUAGUUUGCAGUGUGUUAGAUCGCUGGAAAGGAAAGUAUAAGUUGAGCAGGAAAGCACCGACUUCUUGCUCGCAAGAGUCUAUUGAAGCUCUUUGUUGUUAGGUUUAGCCCUGAAGCACUUGUUCCUCCAAAGUCUUCACAUUUCUUCCAUAUGGAGCACAUCAGACUUUGAAGGAGAGAGCUUGAUGCACAAGAGAGACUGCAAUUGAGUGCACUGUGUGUUGACUGCAGUGAAUGGUGCCGAAACAUUGCAAGUGGCGCUUGUUUUUUUACGACAUUAAAAUUUUUUUGCACUGUUAUUUAGUGCAUGAGUGUUCACUUAUGUUUUUCUUAGUGAUUUUGCAGCAUCGGCUUCCUAAGAAUACAGAAUACAUUUUGCAUGAAUCUUUGCUUAAUAGCAGUAAACUAUAAACUACUUGCUUACCGACAAUGUAUGUAAAUUUCGUAAAAUUUUCAAAGUAAUAAAUAUAGCACAGAAAUUCGUAGUUGCAGGGAAUUCGGUUUAAGUUAAACAACAGACUUCAACAGCAACCUCAUUGGAUGAAAGACGGCUCCAUGUUUGUAUUUGCUAACGUCACAUAGUUUGGAAUGACUUCUUAGAAUGGUAUGAGUAGCGCAGAUUGCGAUUGCAUCACACUUCAUUGGAACAGUUUUAGAUCAUGUUUGUUACCGCAGGGUUCAGUUUGCACCAAUGAAACAGAUCACUCGGAAACAAUGCUGUGCAAUGCAAAACUUUUUCGGCUUUUCAACAAAAAACAUGGAAUCGAUAUUGUGCAUUUGUCAAAAGUUUAUUUGGCCCACAGACUUUUAAUCAUAACUGAAUAAUUCUUGGUGCGUUGGGACUCUAUUUGUGCGCUUUAAUGUCCGUUGAAGGAAAAUGCGCUUGUAAUGUAACCAUGUUGUAGAAAGAGGAAUAACUUUAUUUAAAUGAAAAAAAAAUUCGCAGAGGAAUGGCAAUCAGGCCGUUUCUGGCUGCCACCUCCUCAGCUCGCUGUAUGGCCCGGAGUUGUACUUCUAGGCUCGUAUUGCAGAGUACACUUUCCCACGCCUUGAACGAGGAAGUGGUAGUUACGAGGCCAAAAAUUACAUAACAAGAUUUUGUGACCAGCGAUUACUUAUACGGUUAACCCACUUUUAGCUAAGCCUUUGUAUAUGCAUUGUUUUGGCAGUUUUCUAGUUCUGUGCAACUGUAUCUUUGGAGGUGUGCCGCUUUUUGCUAUUCGCCUACUCAACCUUUCGAGUAACAGAGGAUCCCUGUUUUUCACAUCGUGUUGAUAAUAACCGUGCACUUGUCUGGGUAGUCGCGCCUCUUAAGCCGCUGUAAAAUAAGUCUCUUAUUGCCCGUCUUUCAACAGUGCACUGCGUGAUGUUUUUUUCGAGUGCGGACAUUUGAUUUUGACGCGUGAGACGCAUAGGCUCUCCUCUUUUGCUUCCCUCACACUGGCAAUCUGCUGGUGAAUGAGUUGCGAAUGUGAACAUUUCGUUUGUGUUAUGGAUGAUUAUACAAGAUAUCCUUUGAAGCCACCAACUGUGAUUCCCAAGAAUGGUCCCUGCCCUCCUUCACCUACAACGAGAGCGACGCUUGCCUCAAGCCGGGGAGAAAAUUGUCGAAUCGUUUUGAAAUAAAAGAUUGGCGCAUAAUGCCUGAGAAAUCAAACAA